UAGGCUCUCAACCCUUUUACCUAUCAAACUAGAAGAAUCACAAGGUGAUUUGUGCUGGAAAAAUAGUAAUCAGAUGGGUGCUCAUUUCAAUCUUGCUCUUAUCCUUUUAGCUUUGGCUACUCCCAUUGCCUUUGCUGAUGAUCCCAGUCCCCUCCAGGACACUUGUGUUGCUGUAAGCGACUCAACAUCUGCAGUGUUCGUGAAUGGGAAAUUCUGCAAGAACCCAAAGCUUCUCACAGCCAAUGAUUUCCUCUUCGAAGGACUUGACAAACCUGGGAACACCUCUAACAAUCUUGGGUCGAAAGUAACUCCAGUGUUUGUGGAUCAGCUACCUGGGCUCAACACACUAGGCAUAUCCCUAGUUCGUAUAGACUUUGCACCAUAUGGUCUCAACCCUCCACACACACACCCUCGAGGCACUGAGAUACUUGUAGUCUUGGAGGGUGCCUUAUCUGUUGGUUUUGUAACCUCCAACCCUGAUAAUCGCCUCAUCACCAAAGUCCUCAACAAGGGAGAUGUUUUUGUAUUCCCUAUAGGACUCAUUCAUUUCCAAUAUAAUCAAGGAAAAACUAAUGCUGUUGCCCUCUCAGGUUUAAGUAGUCAGAACCCUGGUGUAAUUACCAUCGCAAAUGCUGUGUUUGGAUCCAAACCUCCCAUUUAUGAUGAAGUUCUUGCCAAAGCCUUCCAACUUGACAAGAAAGUAAUUGAUUAUCUUGAAGCUCAAUUCUGGGUGAGCAACUAGGAAGGAUAUUAGGAAUAUGAGUUGAUGUAUUUAGUAUCUAUGGUGUAUCCAAUCCUUAUUAUGUAAUGGCCUAAUAGCAUAAGUAAGUUUUUCUGUCUA